GUAGUGUGACGUUGAACGUCUGCGCCGAGACAAACGCACGUGUUGUUUUCGUGGACGGUAGACUGCUUUAAGUGGGAUAUUUCUGUGUUAGAGUAAAGUGUAAAAACACAGCGACAAAUAUGGGGAAGAAACUCAAAGUCGGAAAGACCAGAAAGGAUAAAUUCUACCAUCUGGCUAAAGAAACAGGUUACCGCUCUCGUUCUUCCUUCAAACUGAUUCAGCUCAACCGUAAAUUUCAGUUUCUACAGAAAGCCAGAGCUCUGGUGGACCUGUGUGCUGCUCCUGGAGGAUGGUUGCAGGUGGCGUCGAAGUUUAUGCCUCUAUCAAGUAUCAUUAUUGGUGUUGACCUGGUGCCCAUCAAGCCCAUCCCCAACGUGGUGAUGCUGCAAGAAGACAUCACUACGGACAAAUGCAAACAGUCUUUACGAAAGGAACUGCAGACUUGGAAGGUCGACGUUGUGCUGAAUGAUGGAGCCCCGAAUCUGGGAACCAACUGGCAGCAUGAUGCCUUCACACAAGCUCAUUUAACCCUCAUGGCCCUGAAGUUGGCCUGUGAUUUUCUGACCAAAGGAGGCACUUUCGUCACCAAGGUUUUCCGCUCCAAAGACUACCAGCCACUGCUCUGGAUCUUCCAGCACUUUUUCAAGAAGGUGCAGGCCACUAAGCCGCAGGCGUCUAGGAACGAGUCCGCUGAGAUCUUUGUCGUCUGUCAGGGUUUUCUUGCCCCAGACAAAAUCGACAGUAAGUUCUUUGACCCCAAACAUGCGUUCAAAGAGGUGGAGGAGCAGGCCAAAACUGUGAGGGAUCUGAUUCCUGUCAAGAAGCCAAAGGCGGAGGGAUACACAGAUGGUGAGCUGACACUCUAUCACAGUUUCACAGUGACAACCUUCCUGAAAGCCGACAACGCCAUAGACUUCCUAAGCAAAGCCAGUGAGAUCACCUUUGACAACCCAGACCUGGAGUCUCACCCAGCCACCACUAGCGAGUUAAAAGAGUGUUUGCGUGACAUCAAAGUCUUAGGACGCAAAGAGCUCCGCAUGCUGCUGACCUGGAGGUCCAAGCUGAGGAGAUUCCUGGCCAAAAAACUGAAGGGGGAGACCAAACCGCUCGACCCGGAGAUCAACUUGAGUUCUGAUGAAGAAAAGGGUGAUGGUGAUGACGAACCAGAGAAGAAGAAGAAGAAGAAGGAGGAGGUGGUGAUGGAGGAGGAGGAGGUGGAGGAUGAAGACGAAGACGACGUGGAAGAAAUGGAGAAGAAGCUGGCAGAAUUGAAAGCUGAGGAGAUGGCUGAGCUCAAACGGAAGAAGAGGAAGCUGCUGAAAGAGCGGAGGAAGCUGAGGGAGCGGGUGGAGCUGAAGAUGGACCUGCCUGGCGUCUCCAUCGCAGAUUCCCACGACGUUUCCAUGUUCUCCCUCUGCACCAUCAAGAAGCAAAAGACGCUGGUUGAUAUAUCCAAAGGGGACAUGCGGGCAGCAGACGCCCUGGAAGAAGGUGACGACGACGUCCACCUGUCGUCUGAUGAAGACGAUGCGGAUGAAAUAUCCCUGGCCUCCGAUUUAGAUGAUGAGGACAUGGAAGAGGUGGAGGAGAGACAGAGAGAGCUGAAGAAGAAGGCGCCGAAGAAGAAAGUAAAGUUUGUUGAAGAGGAGGAGGAGGAUGAAGGGCAGGAUAGUGCCUUGCUGGUGGAACUGGAGGGAAAGGAUGAGAAGAAGGAACGAGAGACCAACCUGUGGUUCAGCAAGGGCAUAUUCUCCGAAAUUGGCCUGGAAGGAGACGCAGAGAGCGAGCUCCGACAGACCGUGUUUCUUCAGAACAAACAAACAAGCAAAAAGAGGAAAACUAAUAAACAAGACGAGGAAGAAAAGGAGAAAGAGGAGGAAGAGAAAACUGCUCCGCCAGCGGAGGAAAAGGCGGGACCUUUGAAAGAAGCUCAAGAGGGCGACAGUGACAGCGACUCUGAUGACAGCGUUGAUGAUGAGAAAGAGAUCAACAAGAUGAAGCUGGCCGCUGGAGGGAUGUCAGGAAAAGCCAAUGAUGAUGACCUGCAGGUUGUCCCUGUAGAAAGUACCAGUAAGAAAUCCAGGAUCCUGAAUGCAGAGGGCCUGGCCCUGGGCUGUCAGAUCGCUACGUCUAAGAAGAGAGCCAGGGACCUGAUGGACGGCUCCUUCCACAGGUUUGCUAACUCCGAGCAGCAGUGGGAUGUUCCGGAGUGGUUCCUGGUCGACGAACAGAAACACCGGAAGAAGCCGACACCUGUCACCAAAGAGAUGGUGGAGGAGUAUAAACAAAAGUGGAAGGAGAUCGAUGCCCGACCCAUCAAGCGAGUUGCUGAGGCCAAGGCCCGGAAGAAGAGGAGGAUGCUGAAGAAAAUGGACCAGGCUAAGAAGAAAGCGGAGGCAGUUGUAGACACAGUGGACAUCUCUGAGAGGGAGAAGAAUGCUCAGCUGAGGAGUAUCUACAAGAAAGCAGGCCUGGGGAAGGAGAAGAGAGAAAUAACAUACCUUGUGAGCAAAAAGGGAGCUGGCAAGAAGGUGAGGCGACCUGCAGGCGUCAAGGGAGCUUUCAAAGUGGUGGACAGUCGCAUGAAGAAAGACAUGCGGGGGAUGGAGAGGAAAGAACAACGCGCUAAAGGCUGGCAAAGGAAAAGGCGGCAAAGGAAAGGAAAAGGACAAGCAAAGGGGGGCAAAGGAGGGAUGAAGGGUGGUAAAGGGCGAAAAGGAAGAUAAAUGUGAACCUGUAGCGCUCUCGGUCUUGCCUUUCUAACUAUUAAACAUUGCCUGUUCUCAUGUUGCAGGUGAGCAUUUAUGGAGCUUUGUGAGCUAAGAUGCAUGUCACAGUUUGCGCUCCUGUAUUAUGUACAGAGGCCAAAUUGAGUUUUGGUCAUUCCCAUGGGUGCCCUCUUUUUAGCAACUGUUUAGCUGAGGUUCCUGAAAUCCCUUGAGAUAUGUUAUGUGGGUACAUAAGUGCUGCCGUUCUGUGCACGUCUUUCUGAAGAUGUAGAUUGUUUGUCUUGAACUCUGAACAGAGUAGUUUCACUGAACCGCUGUACUGUAUAUUGCAGAAAAUCAAGUAAAGAAAUAACAUGUGUUCUCAAGAAAUGUUGCUAUUAAUGUAAAUAUAAUAUACACAUUUUUGCAAUAAAAGUUUUGUUGAAUCUUUAA